CAACGCGCCCCGCGACCCGACUCUGUGUAUUCUCAGCGUCAGCGUCUACAAGCCAACAUGUCUCGCUUUUUCUACGGCAGCGACAGCUCCAGCGAGUCCUCUUCCGACGAGGAGGAGCUUUACAGCGAAGAGGAGGAGGCACAGAAGCCCGAAGAGGAGUCAAGCGAGGAAGAGUCUGAGGACGAGGAUGAUUCGGAUUCCGAUUCCAGCGAUGAGGAGGGUGGCAAGACUGGUGCCAACCGUUUCUUGCGCGACGAGUCCAGCGAGGAUGAGAGCGACGAGGAGGACGACCGCACCGUGGUCAAGAGUGCAAAGGACAAGCGCUUCGAUGAGCUCGAGGGCACCAUCCGCCUGAUCGAGAACGCCCAGAAGAUCAACGACUGGAGUGUUAUCAACGACAACUAUGACAAACUCAACCGCCAGCUGCCCGUCCUCCAGCGCGACAACGAUGGCAAGGCCCCCAAGAUGUACAUCAAGACCAUUGCCGACCUUGAAACCUCCAUGCUCGAGGCUCUGGAGAAGCAAAAGUCAAAGAAGAUGAACCCCAUCGCCGCCAAGGGUCUCAACGCCAUGCGCCAGAAGAUCCGCAAGAACAACCGUGACCACGAUGCCGACAUCAAGGCAUACCGCGACAGCCCCGACGACUUCAUGAAGGAUGAUGUUGUUGAGGAACCCACCGCUACCGGCCCCAAGAAGGCCAAGAAGGCUCUGCUGGACGAGUCCGUUGCUGGCGCUGACGACGACGGCUUCACCAUGGUUGGUGCUGGCGGCAAGGCCAUGACCUACACCCCCGAGGGUAUUCUCAAGCACCUCCGUACCAUUGUCGAAUCCAGAGGACGCAAGAACACCGACCGCUUGGAGCAAAUCCGCACUCUUGAGAAACUGCUCGAUGUUGCUGCUACCGAGUACCAGAAGGCUCGCGUGCUCCUGACCCUUGUUUCGACCCGUUUCGACUUGACCAGCGGCAGCGGCAACACUAUGGCACAGGAACAGUGGAAGUUGGUUCAGCAGGAACUUGCUGCUCUCUUGGCCCUUCUUGAGGAGCACCCUUACCUGGUUGUUAUCGAGAGCGCCGAGGACUGGGAGGACGAUGAGAAGCACCCCACCAUCUCUUCCGACGAGACUUUCAAGAUUCCCGGCAGCAUUGUCUCCCUGGUUGAGCGCUUGGACGAUGAGCUUACUCGCGUCCUGCAGCAAGUUGACCCGCAUACCGCCGAAUACGUCGAGCGUCUCAGUGACGAGGCUUCUCUCUACACUAACAUUGUCCGCACUCAGUUGUACUGCGAGCGCCUAGCAAAGGACGAGAAACUCAACUUUGUCCAGGAGACCGCCAACCGCAUUGCCAUGCGCAGACUCGAGCACAUCUACUUCAAGCCUUCGCAGGUCAUUAACAUCCUCGAGGAGAACGUCUGGAAGGCCCUCCCCUCAUCCCUCGACUCCUCCAUUACUCCCCGCUCCGCAGCUGGUGACAGCUCGACCCUGGUCACCGCCAUCUGCACCUACCUCUACACUCACAGCGAGGGUAUCAUCCGCGCCCGCGCUAUGCUUUGCCAAGUAUACUAUCUCGCUCUUCACGACCAGUACUUCAAGGCCCGUGACAUGCUCCUCAUGUCGCAUUUGCAGGAGACUAUCUCUGGAUUUGAUGUCAACACCCAGAUUCUUUUCAACCGUACCUUGACCCAGGUCGGUCUCUGUGCCUUCCGCGCUGGUCUCGUCUACGAGGCUCAGAACUCACUCCAGGACAUCUGCGGCUCUCAAAGACAGAAGGAGUUGCUCGCUCAAGGUCUGCAGAUGCAGCGCUACUCUCAAAUCACCCCUGAGCAGGAGCGUAUCGAGCGCCAACGCCAGCUUCCCUUCCACAUGCACGUCAACCUCGAGCUUCUCGAGUGUGUCUACCUCACCUGUUCUAUGCUGCUCGAGAUUCCUCUUCUUGCCCAGGUUGGCUCUUCGCCCGACCUCAAGAAGCGUGUCAUUAGCAAGUCUUACCGCCGUAUGCUCGAGUACCAUGAGCGCCAGAUCUUCACCGGCCCUCCGGAGAAUACUCGCGACCACGUCAUGCAGGCAAGUAAGGCUCUCGCACAAGGAGAAUGGCGCAAGGCUGCCGAGUUCAUCACUGCCAUCAAGAUCUGGGAUCUCCUGCCGCAAGCAUCUAAGAUCAAGACCAUGCUUGAGGAGCAGAUCCAAGAGGAGGGUCUCCGUACUUACCUUUUCACCUACGCCCCCUUCUAUGACACCCUUGCCAUUGACAAGCUCGCCUCGAUGUUCGAGCUUUCUGAACGCAAGGUUUCUGCCAUUGUCAGCAAGAUGAUCAGCCACGAGGAGCUUGCUGCUGCCCUUGACCAGGUCAACGGAGCCAUCAUCUUCAGAAAGGGUGUUGAGCUCAGCAGACUGCAGAGCUUGGCCCUUACCCUCAGCGACAAGGCCAGCGGUCUCAUCGAGAGCAACGAGAAAACUCUGGAGCAGAGAACACAAGGCACUGCCAACGCCUUCGAGAGACAAGGCGCACAGAGAGGUGGCAGAGGCGGUGCCAGAGGUGGUCGUGGAGGCAGAGGCGGCGGCCAGGGCAUCAGAAGAGGCGGUGGUGGUUUCCAGGGCGGUGUUCUCGGCAAUGCCAUCAGAUCUUAAGCGUUUGAUGGCAAUUCAGUGGAUGUUGCGGAUGGGUCUGGCGUUCUUCUCAUAGUGACACAUUUUCUGUACGUUACCCCAAGCCUUCUGGUGGAUUUUGGGAAACGCACAACGACAUCAAAAGCCGGGACAGGAUUGCAAUGUUGUUUCGUUUUCAAGUUUUCCUCUUUAUC